AUAUCAAAAUCCUUACCAUAACUUAUCAAUGAGUAUAUUAAAAUAAUAGGGUUAAAAUAGUGUACGUCAGACAUAUACUAUAUGUCAGGUACUAUUAGUGAAAUAUCUCUAUCUAUGAAUUAAAUCGAGUUUGGGGUAUGAUAUCGCAUCCUAACCUCUAAUGGAUAAACCCCGGGCACCGAUUUUCUAAACUCCAACCCAAAGUUUGAUUUAAUGAAAAACAAAAAUUGACCGUUGAGAUCUGCCGGAGCUCAUCUAAGAACUUCUAACGGUUAGAUCACCUGUUGUAUACUAUACGCCUGACGUGCACCUGUCAUUACCUAAAAUAAUAAAUCAAUUAUCAAAAUAAAAUAAUGAAAUAUGUUAAUUUUUCUAAAAAUGCAUCAUGAUUCAUAAAACGAAAUUAUUUCAAAAUCCUUACCAUAAUUUAUUAAUACCAAUAUUAAAAUAGUAAAUAAAUUAUCAAAAUAAAAUAAUGAAAUAUGUACCAAACUAUAUUGAGAUAAAAGAAAAAUAAACUUUUAGAAUUUGGUACUUUAACUCUCCCCAUUAGAGCAUAAAGAAUGAUAAUCAAAACCACCACUGCGGGUAUUCGAAUGCACGACCUAGUCAACAUCGAGAAUCUUCAUAUUGAUUAGGUAUGAGUAAAACUCACAAAAAAAAUUUAUGAAGAUGUGGUGAGUACCCAUUUUCGCAUCCACCCCACUAGAAGUAUUUUUGUUCUCAAUAACAUGAAGGAUAAUUGAAAAAUAAAGGGUUGAAAUGUAAUUGAGAUGUCACUCAAAUCAUACACAAAAUUUUCCCCGGUUUAUUCACCCUUCACUCUUUAAUUUUUCUCUCCUUUUAACAAUAGUAUGUUAAGUAAUUUUUUAUUUAGUAGACGCGUGGGAGUCGGAGAUGGAUGAGUGAGAUAGUAUAUUUUUUUUGUGGAUUAAUGAAUGUUUUAGGAUUGGAUGUUUUGAAUGUGUAUCGAGAAUGAUUACAACUUUGCUAAUUUCAUGACCUGUCAUAUUGCAUUUGUGUACAUUGGUUGGAGACGGUGUUCGUCAUCGUUGAAAUCAUGGCUCGUCUCCUCCAUUCAUCUGACCAGAAAAUGUAUCGUCGAUUCCCUUUUGUUUGUUUACCCACGUUACACUGUCAAAAGAACAAAGCAUAAGCAAAAUCUUUUUUUUCCAGAACCCUUUUUUCGUUCAACUUGACCAAUAUUCAUAUAAGAUCAACCAGUAGUAGAUGCUCAUUAAAGCGAGAACAUAGAUGGUUCAUAUUUUAACCAAAAUCAAAUUGAUCCUAUCCUGCUACUGAAUGUGGAUCGGAAACACUAUUUGACGAAAGUCCUUUGCAAGCAGGCAGCUUGGGCUGACUUUUCACGGCUGGCUGUGCAAAUUCCGAGUUCUAGGAUUCCCAAAUUUACGAAAAGAGGCGCAUCAUGCAGCGCUGUGUUCACAUCUUCUGCUAUUCUAUUCUAAGUAUAAAGAAAUGGAAUCAUGCUUCCUUGUGCAGCUGUGUUCCUUCCCUUGCCAGUGUCUCGUUCGGGCGGCGGAAGCAGGAUGUGAAACUACCCUUGUCCUAUUUUCUGAUUAUAAAUAUAUAAAUAUUUAAUAAAUAUAAUUAAAAUUAAUACUAUCCAAAUAAUUUAUUCAUAGACAAAGAAAUAACCGACUAAUACAAUUAUUGUUUGCAUAAAUACAAACUUACAUUCAUUAUUUACACUCUUAACAAGUGAUACUUUUUUUUAUCUAUCCCACUAAACAAUCAUUAACAAACUGAUCACCAAUUCAACUUCGAAACUUGUUCUUAAUAUAUUAAUCUAAAAAUGCUCUUUCUACUUUUGCAGUUGCAACUAGCAGUAUCAAAACUAGUUUCAGAAGCAAAUAAACUGACUGAUAUAACUUACGCACUUUUGUCUCCAACAUGAUCCGAGAUCAUUUAUCGUUUCCUUUCAAUCCAACAAAUCUCUCAUCAACCAUAAAAUAAUUAUAAUACCAUACAAGUUGUUGUUGAAUAAUAGUGUUAUGAAUGAAAUCAAUAAAUUUAUUAUUAUUAUUGUCAAUUAAUGAACAAAUAAUGAGUUGUGGGAUAGUGUCAAAAUAUCCUUAUAUUACUUAUAUAGUUAUAGGUAUAGUUCAAACAUAUAUGAGUUGUUUUUUUUUCCUUCCAAAAAUUACCCUUGUCCUGGGACAAUGGCAAACUGCCCUCCCUCUGCCUAUGGUCUCGUUUACAAGGACUCCAAACCCACUGGUUUUCGAGUGAGUGGAAGAGAAUAUUAUUCUUCGGAUUGUUGUUGCCAACACACGGUUUAGGGUAUUAAUGUGUAUCUAUACGGUGUAAAGUUAUCAAAUGGAAGACUUGUUUGGGUGGAAAGAAACUGUAGCAGAAAACUUUGUGUUCAUAAGUAUCCUAAGCUUCUUCCAGGGAUCGUUUGAAUGGAACAUUAUGAUGGAUCAAUCAGCUCAUUUUGAGUCAAUUGGGCCAAAUCGACCCAUUUGACUACAAAAAAUUGAAAUUGGGUCGGGGAAAUGAGAAUUGCUCCAUUAGGGUUCAAUUGAAAAUACCUGGGGUGGGGAGGAAUUUCAAUUGAUGCGAAUUUUGUCUCCCCCUUCGAGAGAGAGAGUGAGACAAACCACUCUUAUCUUCUUCUCUUUCCUUUCUUUUUUCUUUUUUCUCUGCAACUAUGCUACCAUUCCUCUUUUCUUUCUCAGCAACUACGAUGCCAUUCCUCUUCUCUUUCUUGUUUAUCUAUGGCGGACAGAGGAAGAAGAAUCAAGGUUAUGAUGGUCGCCGACGGACAAAGGGAGGAAUAGAGAAAUUAUAUUGCCGGAUUUGCAGAGAGGUUGUCGCCGCCAAGCUAUCGUCGUAUAGGCAAAGGAGCGAGUUCUUGGGGACCAGCCGGUGGGACGAUUGAGUCCACGCUAAGGGAUUUUGACGCAUGUGUGUAAGCAGUGGGUCGAUUGACUCCAUCCUCGCUAGGCUCAAAAGACGGCGGUAAUUGUUGGAGUUCCUCACCUGCAAUCCAACCUCUGAUUCAAGAAACGAGAAGUCUCAAUCCUUCAAAUCCAGUCGUCUCUGCUCUGAACGCCCAAUUUCAUUUGUGCCCUGAACCCCCCAAUUUCUCAUAGGGUUAGAGUCAAGUUGCAAAAAACGAGAAACAGAAAGAUCUCGAAUUCCUUCUCACCUAACAUCUCCGUCGAGAUUCUAAUCACCAAGAUCUUGAAUUGUUUUGAGUCCAAUAUGUUGACAAGAGUUAUUAAUGUGUUCUUUUAUUCAAAUUGUUGCUAUGCAAGUUUCAAUUAAAUGCAGGCUUAAUUAAGCAAUUAGUAAAAUACAAUAUGAGCAAGUUACAGAUAAAAUAAAUAUUUGCAUUUUAUUUCAUUUAUAAAUUAAUGGUACGCUUAAUAAUGUGUCAACAGUAAUAAAGAUUUUGUAAUUAAUUAUUUCAUUAUAAAUAAAUAUUUAUAUUUUGUUUAAAUGAUCAAUCUAACUUUUAAAUGUAUCUUAUAGGUUUUAUACAUGUUCAAUACGAGAACAUAAAAUAGAUGAAAAAUGUAACGGUUUGGCAAUAUUAAAGAAACAAAAGUUUUAAAUGAUGCAUAUGAUUAUCAAGGUGCGAGUCCAUUAGAUUACAUAAAAUUUGUAUUACAGAUUGAUCGGAUUACUAGUUGAUUAUGUUAGAAAUCUUACAGGUCAAUCCAAUUAACAUCAAUUAAAAUUAUAAUCAAACCAGUUACGAAUGAAUCAAGUUGCGAGAUCAUGGGAUUAUAGUUGGGUCAUUUAUGGGUCACUAAUUUUUCUACAGUGAGAGUUGAGAGGGUAGCUGGUUAAUCAAGUGGCGAAGACACUUUCGAUGAGAUUUCGGUAUCCAAAUUUGUUAGAUGUUCGGAUUGAAUUAUACUUGAGCUUUAUUCAUCGAAAUACCGUGACAACCAGAAUUAGACUCAACCGAAUUAUGAUUAUAAAUGAAAUCAAGCUACAAAUGAUUGAAUAGGAUACUAGUCAGUCGAAUUACAUUUUGCGUGUGCAUGUGAUUUAGGUUUAGUCAACUUGGAUUGCUAAUGAACUAACUCUGUUCGGGUUAGGUUGGUAGCUAAAUACUUUCCAGGGUUAGGUUAGGAGCUUGCAUAGGAUAAUGCCCUUAAAUCCUCAAAUUGAUUUUCAAUUAGCCAAAUUAGUAGGCAGAGAAACCAGUCAGUCCACUAUACUCUAUUGGUUGGCUGGAGUCAAGAAGUGGCACCAAAGUGGCCUGGAGUGGAUAAGCUGAGCUGGGCUUGGUAAAUGUCCAAAACUCUCCCAAUGGUUAUUUUUGAACAGUCCUCGUAGUUUUCUGUUGCUCAAACAUAGUCCCCUUAGUUUUUUUUCUCUCUCGAGCAUGGUCCCCAAGAGGUAAAAUGGAGUAAAGAGUCAAAUUCCCAUCCCUACCAAAAAAAGGGCGAAAAGAAAAAAGAAAUAGAUAUAUGCGUGGACCUUUUGCUUUUAGUCAAGACAAAAAAGAGUGGGCAUUGGCUCAUCGUUUCCUUGCGUUUGUUUUACUCCAAGCAACAAUUCUUUAGUUAUUGGAAUAUGAAGUGCUCUAUGGAAGGUUAAAACAUUUGACAUCCAAUUAUAAAGAGUUUAAGGAGCAUGCUUUCUUGAUCGUUCUUAAUUACCAAUUCGUUCCACAUAUUUUGUAACAAGGCUUUGUUUGGUGUUUAUAUGUGAAGAAUUUUCCAGAUGUACGAGUAAUUGGUUGGCUAGGUUGAUACUAGCGAGUGAAUAAUAUUGUCAAAUAUGA